AUGGACGGAACCGGUGUGGUAACAGUUUACGGAAACGGCGCAAUCACCGAGACCACAAAGAAAUCCCCUUUCUCUGUGAAGGUAGGCCUGGCCCAGAUGCUCCGAGGCGGCGUCAUAAUGGACGUCGUUAACGCCGAGCAGGCACGCAUCGCCGAAGAAGCCGGCGCGUGCGCCGUCAUGGCCCUUGAACGCGUCCCCGCCGACAUCCGAGCUCAAGGCGGCGUGGCUCGCAUGUCGGAUCCACAACUCAUUAAGGAAAUCAAGCAGGCAGUCACCAUACCCGUCAUGGCUAAGGCCCGGAUCGGCCAUUUCGUGGAGGCCCAAAUCCUCGAAGCCAUCGGAAUUGAUUACGUCGACGAGUCCGAAGUCCUCACUCUGGCCGACGAAGAUAACCACAUCAACAAACAUAAUUUCCGCAUUCCCUUUGUGUGUGGCUGCCGAAACCUCGGAGAAGCUCUCAGACGUAUUCGUGAAGGUGCGGCCAUGAUUCGCACCAAAGGCGAGGCGGGCACCGGAAACAUUAUCGAGGCCGUCCGUCACGUGAGGUCUGUGAUGGGGGACAUUCGUGUUCUCCGAAACAUGGACGACGAUGAGGUGUUUACUUUUGCAAAGAAGAUUCAGGCACCCUAUGAUUUGGUUAUGCAAACGAAGCAACUGGGGAGGCUUCCGGUGGUGCACUUCGCCGCCGGUGGCGUGGCGACUCCAGCGGAUGCUGCUUUAAUGAUGCAGCUCGGAUGCGAUGGUGUCUUUGUUGGGUCUGGGGUUUUUAAGAGCGGUGAUCCGGCGAGGAGGGCUCGGGCGAUUGUGCAGGCCGUUACGCAUUAUAGUGAUCCGGAGGUUCUGGCGGAUGUGAGCUGUGGUUUGGGCGAGGCUAUGGUUGGGAUUAAUCUGAAUGAUGAUAAGGUUGAAAGGUUUGCGAAUAGGUCAGAGUAA